GCUUCUGUUAAUCAGUGGAUCAUUACCCAGGACAAGAAUUGGGUGCUCCCGCCUCCGACUAUAGGGGUCAGCUUGGCCCAGAUCUGUCCCACAGACGUGGAGAUCAAGCCUUGGAUGAAGUUUACUCGACAUCCUAUUUCAUGGGAUGGGAUGACGGAUGCGGGCGGAAAAUCUGGCAAGAAGCUUGUACUAAUUGGGGCUGCUGCGGCCAAGGCUUCUGUGAAUGGCAAGCUACCAACCAGAGCACCGUCCCAUGAAGAAGAUCCCUUGGAAGGCUUGCACUUGCUAAUGGACUACCCGUCAGACGAAAAGCCUUCCUAUUCGUAUGCGCUCAUGACACGGUUCGCCAUUCUCGGGUCACCCUUCAAAUCUCUUAGUCUGGCAGAGAUUUACAUCAUGCUUGAAGCCAAGUUUCCCUGGUUUGCGAGGGAAGAUAAUAAAUGGCGCGAUUCGAUUCGGUAUAAUCUCAGUAGCAACAAUUGGUUCGUCAAGACGAAGCGGGCUUUGCACCAGCCUGGUGUCGGCAAUCUGUGGACAGUAGACGAAGAGAGUCCAGGCGGCCCCAAACGUCCUAGAAAGGGGCGCAAUAGUAAAGGAGGAAGUGCCUUUACGGAUAUUGACGAUGAAGAGGACGAAGAUCAUGAGGGAGAGGAACCAGCUCCUUCUCGUCCUUCUGCGACAGAACAAGCCGCCCAAGCCGGUACCAGUCGCAACGGAACCCUGAUGCUUACGUUCGAUAGUAAGCAAAGGGUUCCCCUUGACACUCAACAAGCUGAACGAGGAGCCUCUGCUCAUGCCAAUCAUAAUCUCAUCUCUCGCGUUUCGACUCGUCAACAAGCUCCGGGUGCUCCACCGACUCGUCCGCCUCUCACCUCUCAAACACCUCCAGACCCGACCCCGCAUAAUGAGGCGCGCCCCCCAAAGCCU